UCGCUUCUCUCUACGCACGUGAACUAAUUACCAGUCUACAACUGUUAACCUUGGGGAAUAUUCUUAUACAUACUACUAUACUAGUGUACGUACUGCUUCGCUGUGAGAGUUGCUGCCGCCAUGUCUAGGAAACCGGCCCCACCAAAACCAGUACCUAAAAAGCCAGGCCAUGUUGAAGUGGUACGAGCUAUCUACGCAUAUGCCGCACAGCAGGUGGACGAGCUCUCUUUCGAGGAAGGGGACACACUCUAUAUCACAGAGAAGAAUGAAGACGGAUGGUGGAGAGCACGGUGUAAUAAGAAGGCGGGUCUUAUUCCGUCCAAUUAUAUUGAGGGGAACACUGAGACCAUUGUGAACCCACUACAUGAGGCGGCUAAGAGAGGGAACCUUCCCUUCGUAGAUGAGUGUCUCGCAAACAGAGUAUCUGUGAAUGGACUGGACAAGUCUGGUUCAACUGCACUACACUGGGCAGCCAGUGGAGGUCAUACAGAAUGUGCACAGGCGAUAUUGAAGGUCCAAAAUGUUGAGCUGAAUGCGCAGAACAAGCUAGGGGACACCCCCCUGCAUAAUGCCGCCUGGAAGGGACAUGCUGACGUCGUGGCGUUGCUCUUGGAAAACGGAGCCAACACGACAAUAAGGAACAAUGAGAAGCAGUUGCCCUACGACCUGUCUGCCAAGAACCCCGAGGUGGGACGUCUGCUCAUGAUCAGAGAUUCUGGGGGUGCAGAGUACGGCGAAGAUGAGGAUUCUGAUUAGACUACACAAGAAUGUAGAUAUCAAUGUGACUAUGUACGUUGUCGUCGUCGUUGUAGCAAUAUGUCAGUAGCUCUGUUAUUUUUGAGUGCACAUACAAUAAUAAUUUCCUGUUAGAUCAGCUUUCACGUUAAUUUUUGUGCCUGUGAAUUAAAUGGACAAUGCGAAAUCAGUUUGUUCUUUGUUCUAACAAUCAUAUAUAUAAUUAAUUUGUUUGUUGAAAAAUCAAUAUUAUUUUGCUCAA